AUGUUUUCCCCUCCUCGUGAUCCGCAGGCUGACGGCACCGCAGCCGGCGGGCACCUCGCGUCUAGGCCCGCGUCUUCCGAGUCGUGGUCCGCCAGCGCCGAGUCCACGGACCAGUCGUCCGACAACGAAAGCGUGGCGCACUCACAGUUUGGUGCAGACGGCGAGGACGGCGGGUCGCACACCCUGUCUGCAGACGGCGACGCCCCCGAGUCCCCGCCGCUCUCCCGGCGCCACGGCGGCGGCCGACGCACGCCGCCCGAGCUCACGCUGCCCGACUCCUCGGACUCGCCUCUGCGUUCCUUCAGGGCGCGCCCGCCUGGCCAUCGCAAACGACCUAGCCACGUACACGUCCUGACGCGCAUGAUGCCGACGAAAGACGGUCGAGCUGCUACACCCGCCUCUCCCGCUGCGUUGAGGCUUCAAGCGGACGAGGCCAGUUCUCCCGUCUCGCCCGGCACCGACUGGAAGAACUUCGUCCAGCAGUUCAGGAGUGCACGGACCUCGCUGGGGCCCACGGACGCCAUUUUUGCCGCGCUCAGCUCUCCGCCGAAAAGACCGGCUAGGACGGCUCACUCGCGUACGAGCUCCGAUACGACGACCUACGACGACCAAGAAGACUCUGACUCCUCCGUGGACGAAGACCGGGAAAGAGAGGAGACGCUUCGAAAGGCUGAAGAGUACUUCUUUGCCGGUCGUCUAUCCCAUGAAGGACAUCAGUCAGAUAUAAUGUAG